GCUGGAGCAGCGGAGGAGAGGAGGAGCUGGAAAAGCACCACAAGAGGCAGACGGCGCUCACAAAUGAGCAGCAAACAGACGGAGGCAGCAACAGCAAACACACCGAGAUCCAAGGAUCCGGAUCGGAACAGAACCGCUCCUGCGGGAACUUUAAGGUCUCUGAGCAUCAGCAGCACCGAAACACAUUAAAUCAGCCGGGCGGACAGGAUGCUGCUGUAACUCGGAGCGCCGGCGCCGGCAGGACGGGACGGCAGAGUAUCGACUGGGAGCUUCCAAACUGGGAAACCAGCGUGUCAACUUCCUGGAUCCUAUUCGCGUUUCCAGCUGAGCGGGUCUGGAACCAGAACCUCCCGAUUCUUCAGGCUGGACUGAGUCAAUGUUCUGAGCUCGACCAGAGAGAUCGGUGCAGCUUCGUCAGGUCGAAGGUUUCCUGGUGCGAAUGAGAGACGGGAAUCUGCCACAGGUCUGAACUUCUCAGGACUUCGACUGGAGAUGAGAUGAAGCCCGGAGCGGGAGGAUGUGACCGGCUCUGACUCUGCUGAAGUUCGGUUUGCUGGAGGCAUCAUGCUGGCCGCCGUCCUGCGGGGGGCGCAGUGGCCUGUGGUGGUUCUGAUGGUGUGUGUGGGGCUGAGUGCGGUUCGGGGCGCCGCCUGCCCGCCCCGGUGCCUCUGCACGGCGGACAUCCUGAGCUGCCUGGCGCUGGAUCUGGACCGGGUUCCUGCAGCGCUGCCGGCUGCCGCCGCCAUCUUGGACCUGAGCCACAACCGGAUCCAGCAGCUGGAGCCGGGCGGCUUCCAGGGGCUGCUGCAGCUGGAAGUGCUGCGGUUGGCCAACAACCAGCUGAUCGCCAUCCAGCCCGGCGCCUUCAGGAACUCCUCCGGACGCCUGAGACACUUAGUGUCAUCCAAUCAGCUGACGAUGCUGAACCAGAGCAACUUCCAGGAGCUGGCGGCGCUGGAGGAGCUGCUUCUGUUCAACAACCGGAUCCAGCAUGUGGAAAGCACCGCGCUGUCCGGAUUGACCGACCUCCGGAAGGCCUACCUCAGCCACAACCGCCUCACCGACUUCCCCUUCUUCAGCAUCCAGACAGGCGGCCACCGGCAGCUGACCCUGCUGGACCUGUCCUCCAACCGGCUGCCCAAGCUGCCGCUAGCGGACAUCUCCGGCCUGCCGCCGGCCCUGCAGGAGGCGCUCUAUCUGCACAACAACUCGCUGGUGUGCGACUGCGACAUGUUCGCCCUGUUCCAGCUGUGGGAGCAGAAAGGCUUCGCGUCGGUCCGGUUCUUCCGACAAGAGCACGUUUGCCAGGUUCCUGGAGUCCAGCGCAACGGCAUCAGCUUUAUCCUGCACCGGAGCUACUUCGAGUCCUGCAACGUGACAGCGGCGCCGCAACAGGAGGCCAGUGUGUCGGUGAGGGUGGGUGCGCCACUCCUGCUGCACUGCAUCACGUCUUUGUCCGGCCGCGCCGCCGCCUUCUUCUGGCUCACGCCGCAGCUGGAGUACGUGGCUCCGCCUGGGAACAACGGGUCCAUCAGGAUGUUCGCCAACGGCAGCCUGGUGAUGGCGGCGCCCCAAGAGCGGGACUCUGGGAUCUACGUGUGCGUGGCGAAGGAAAGGCGACUGAACGACUCGCGGGAGGUCAACGUGACGGUGCUGCCGCGGCCGGCCACUGAUGCCGCCGAGCCCUUCAACACGGGCUUCACCACCCUGCUGGGCUGUGUGGUCAGCCUGCUGCUGGUCCUGGUCUACCUGUACCUGACGCCCUGCCGCUGCCCGCCCCGCCCCGGGCCCCGCCCCCUGGCGGCCACCGCCCACAGCCAGGGCAAGGAGGGCGGGGCGGGCAGCGCCCAGUCCUCCAUCCUCACACCGACGCCGCCGGCGUCCACCGAGGGCCCCGGCCGCAAGAUCUAUCCGUCUCUCCCCUCCUCCCUCCAUCAGUAGCCCUUCAUCCUCCUCAUCCUCAUCCUCCUCCUGACAGGAAGCUGGGAGGCUUUCGUCAACAUGCAUGAGGAAAGCAGAAGAAGAAGUCUUCAUCACAGUCGUCUUCAUCACAGUCGUCUUCAUCACAGUCGUCUUCAUCAGUCGUUCAUCACAGUUUGCAUGAAAGCAGC